AUGUCGCUUCUUGAAAGUCAUUUAGAGCAGAUCGCAUUGUCUUCUAAUGCCAUUGCGGAGCUACCGUUUCCCCAACCGCGGAUCUUCACCAAUGCGCUGCUAGGCCCCCACGAUAUUACCUCCUUAAUUCGAGACACGGAGGCUCAUGAACGGGCCCUCUUCCAAUCUGAUCCUUCCGUCAAAUCUGUCGGCUCCCAGCGACGUCCCACCCGACGUGGCACGCAGUUUGCGCAGGAUUCAGAGGGCGAGUCCAUGGCAAGUCGGAUUUAUUCCGCUAGAGAUAACAAGAGUCAAUCAGCUGUCGCAAGGGUCCUGGGUGCCGAUAUGAUGGAGGAGAUCAAGCGAUCCGCUGGCACGUCCAGUAGGGGUCGUGGUGAAGUCAAUGUCGACGUUUUACUCCAGGGCGCAGAGAUUCUCUGCAAUGUCUAUCCUGUCGCUGGUGCACAUGAAAAAAUUGCCAGUCUACGUUAUCGUCACGAGCUGAUUUCGGGUUCCAUCAACGAAUUGGAGGCACGUGUGGCCAGAAACACUGCAGAGUUGGAAAAGAUGAGCCACUCCUACGGAGAUGACUUUGAUGAAUAUGAUGGCGUCGAUUCUACACCGCCCGAGGUGGCUGAUGUUACGGAUGCUGACCUUGAGCGAGAGAUGGCGGAGAUCCGCGAGCUGGAGAGAAAGAAACGCACUUUGGAAGCCCGUGUUCACGGCAUGGAACGAGACCUGGGUGGGCUUCUGGGUUGA